CAUUAUUGUUUAUUUCUUUAACAUGUUGCUCGACUGGACUAAGUAAUUAUUUAUCUGUUCUCUCAGCUUUUUAUAAGUAACUUUGUGAAAGAUAGUCAAAAGCUCUCACUCAAACGAUGGCAGAACCAUCUUUUUCUCGCCUCUCUCUCUUGUUCUUCAGCUUUCUCCUUAUCUUCGCCACCUAUUCUUGGGUUUUGGGACCCGACUCAGGCUUCUUGUUCGGUACCCGGGUCCGGAAAACUCUCGGGUCGAAUCCUAAAGUCCAUGUUGAUCACUCUUCAGAAAAGCCUCAUCAUCCACUUGAUCCACUAACGGUGCGAGAAAUCUCGAGAGUUCGAACCAUACUCUCGGGUCAUGACCCGGGUUUUGGUUCCGGGUCGGCCACGAUUCACUCCAUGGCUCUCGAUGAGCCAGAGAAGACACGUGUCGUUCAGUGGAAAAAGGGAAAUAAGCUUCCGUCACGAAGAGCUGCGGUCGUAGCUUAUUGGGGUGGUCAAACACAUGAGAUAACGGUGGAUCUUGAUUCGGGUCGGGUCGUUUCUGAUGUGGUUAACCGGACUUCAGGGUAUCCGAUUCUCACCUUGAACGACGUCUUCGCGGCUUCGCAGGUUCCUUUGAAGAGCUUGGAAUUCAACCGCUCGAUAGAAGCGCGUGGGGUUAAGUUUUCCGAUUUAGCUUGCAUUACACCGUUUGCGGGAUGGUUUGGACAUGAGGAAGAAGGACGUAGAGUCAUAAGAGUCCAAUGUUACACGUUACAAGGCACUACUAAUUAUUUUAUGAGACCACUCGAAGGUCUUUAUGUAACGGUCGACCUAGACAAGUUGGAGGUUAUCAAGAUCGUUGAUAAAGGCCCAAUUCCGAUUCCCAAAUCCUCGGGUACAGAAUACCGGUUUGGUGUUCAGAAUAAACCGGUGCAUAUGGAUCGAAUUAACCCGAUUUCGAUGGAGCAACCGGAUGGUCCUAGUUUUAGGGUCGAAGAUGGACAUUUGGUUAAGUGGGCUAAUUGGGUUUUCCAUGUUAAAGCAGACCAACGAGCCGGUAUGAUCAUAUCUCAGGCCACGGUUCGUGACUCCGAGACAGGUGAACCAAGAAGUGUGAUGUACAAAGGGUUCCCAUCGGAGUUGUUUGUACCGUACAUGGAUCCCGAGGAAGGAUGGUACUACAAAGGUUAUAUGGAUGCAGGCGAGCUCGGUUUAGGACCCACAGCCAUGCCGCUCGUGCCCCUCAACGAUUGCCCUCGAAAUGCUUACUACAUAGACGGUGUUUUCGCCUCUUCAGACGGCACACCCAUUGUUCAACCUAAUAUGAUAUGCUUGUUUGAACGCUAUGCAGGCGACAUCAGCUGGCGACAUUCUGAGAUCCUUUUUACCAAUGCCGAUAUAAGAGAGUCAAGGCCAAAAGUUACAUUGGUCGCUCGAAUGGCAACUUCGGUUGGAAAUUACGACUAUAUUUUCGAUUGGGAGUUUCAGACUGAUGGUUUAAUCCGUGUUACGGUCGCGGCUUCGGGAAUGUUAAUGGUGAAAGGGACACCUUAUGAUAAUGUAGAUGACUUAGGUGAUAUGGAGGAUGAUUCUGGACCGUUGAUCUCUGAGAAUGUGAUUGGAGUCGUCCAUGAUCAUUUCAUAACGUUUCAUCUAGACAUGGACAUUGAUGGACCAAUGAAUAAUUCUUUGUUCAAGGUUCAUCUAGAGAAGCAGAGAGUUCCAACAGGAAAAUCGCCGAGGAAGAGUUACUUGAAGAUCAAGAAAUACAUAGCCAAGACUGAGAAAGAUGCUCAGAUCAAAUUGAGCCUUUAUGACCCAUAUGAAUUCCACAUUGUGAACCCGAACCGAAAAUCUCGGAUCGGAAACCUGGCUGGUUACAGGAUCAUACCGGGUGGUAAUGCAGCGAGUUUGCUUGAUCACGACGAUCCUCCUCAAAUUCGAGGUGCAUUCACCAAUAAUCAGAUAUGGGUGACUCCAUAUAACCGGUCAGAACAAUAUGCCGGAGGAGUUCUAAUUUACCAGAGCCAAGGUGAUGACACACUACAAGUUUGGUCAGACCGGGACCGUUCGAUCGAAAACAAGGACAUAGUGCUGUGGUACACACUAGGGUUCCAUCACGUACCUUGCCAAGAAGAUUAUCCGGUUAUGCCAACCGUCGCGGCUAGCUUUGAGCUUAAACCGGCCAAUUUCUUUGAAUCCAAUCCGAUUCUUGGGGCUGCUCCUUUCUUCGAAAAAGACUUACCAGUCUGUAGACCGUUGGCUUCGUCUUGAUUGGUUCUGUGACAGAAGUUCUGUCUCACAUAGUUGUAGAUUUGAUCAAACCAGCGCUUGUUGAAGUUUAUCAUUAUAAUGAUACAAGAACGGUUGGUUUUGUUUUAUUGAAAUAAAACAUGGCAAACAUUAAGUUCA